AUGCAUAAGACUUUGAGAAAAAUUUUCGACAGCAAAAUAUGCGACAAAAUAGAGAAUAUGAAAAUACUGCUGGUGGGGGCAGGAGGAAUAGGAAGCGAAUUUCUAAAAAACAUAAUCACGAUAGGAUGUAGAAACAUAGACAUAAUAGACAUUGAUACAAUUGAUAUAACAAAUUUGAAUAGACAAUUUUUAUUUAAAAAAGAAGAUGUAAAAAAAUACAAAUCAUUUGUAGCAAAAGAAAGGGCUCUGAAACAUUGCAAAGAUUUAAACAUCAAUGCAUACACAUUUGAUGUUUGCACAAUGAAGAGUAGUGACAUAUCCAAAUAUGAUUAUGUGAUCAAUGCAUUGGAUAAUAUUAAGGCAAGGAAAUAUGUAAACAAAUUAUGUAUAAUGGAAAAAAAAGUAUUAAUAGAAGCAGGAAGUACAGGAUAUAAUGGUCAAGUAUAUCCCAUUUUUUCUAAUGAAACCAAAUGUUACAAUUGUGAAGAAAAACCUAAAAACAAAACUUAUGCCAUAUGUACAAUUAGACAGACUCCAUCUUUACCAGAACAUUGUGUUGCUUGGGGAAGACUCAUUUUUGAAACUUUUUUUUGUAAAAGUGAUAAUGAAACAUUAAUUGAUAUUAAAAAUCACAUCGAAGAAGAGUCUAAAAAAAGAAAUAUGGAACAAAAGGAAAUAAUUAUCUACAUUUUUAAUUACCUCUUCCAUGACACCAUCAAGGAACUCGCGGUAUUGAAAAAGGAUUAUGCAACGGAACCAAUUCCCAUACUGUUUCAGUGGAAUAAUUUGCUGCAAAAUGUGCCCACUGAGACAGCACAUUCGAAUAUAUGGAACAAUGAUAAUGUGAAUGAAAAGAAGGAAGAAAAUAAAUCUGGAAAAAUUAAAAAAGGGAACCACGAGCAGGUAACACCUGCUUCUCCUAAGGAAGAACCAAAUGAAAGGACAAAUGAAAAGAGAGAUUCCAAAGUCGACGAAAACAGCAAAUCGCAUAAACAUAAAGGAAGUGAACAAAGCAACAUUAAACUGUGCUCACAGAAUAUAUGGAAUAAGGAAGAAUGCGUAAAAAUGUACAUAGAAUCAUUCAAUAAAUUGUAUAAAAAUUUAAAUAUAAAUAAACAAGUAGAAGAAUAUAUAAUAUUCGACAAGGACGAUGAUGAUUGUAUGAACUUCAUAACAGCCAUAUCAAAUUUAAGAAUGAUGAAUUUUUCAAUUAAACAAAAAAGCAAAUUUGAUGUGCAGUCUAUAGCAGGAAAUAUCAUCCCAGCCAUUUCCUCCACUAAUGCCAUUGUGGCCUCACUUCAAAUCUUUCAGCUCAUUCAUGUCAUUGAAUACUUUGAGCGUGCAAAAGGGGAUGAAAAGGAAGUUCAAAAAACCACUUUAAGAGAUAGCAAAGCAAAACAUGUAUGGGUCAAAAGCAUUGUUAGUGGAAACAAAAUGUUUUCGCGUGGGAAUAUUGUAAAUGCAGAAAUUUUGGAAGCACCAAAUCCAAACUGCUACAUAUGCCAACAACCAAUGAUAGAUAUUUAUAUCAAAAGUUUUAAUGAUAUCACACUAUAUGAUUUUGUAAAGGAUAUAUGUACAAAUGAGUUGUCUUUCUUGUACCCUUUUCUAGACAAGCAAGACAGAAACAUAUUUGAUUACGAUUUGUUUUUGGAAAAUGAUAAGGAAUAUAUAAAAAGUUUGUACAACUCCCUCGCCUACUGGGACAUUAAAAAUGAUGAAGUUUUAAUUUUGACAGAUUUUCAAAAUGAUAAGGACCAAUUAGAAAUUCACCUCAAGGAGGACCCAUCCCUCCAGACGCCUUUCCACAUAAAGCAAAAAAUUGCCAAAAAAAGAAAGGCAGAAAUUUUCCACAAGAAGGAGGGGGAAGAAGAAGAAGAAGAGGAGGAGGAGAAAGGGCCAUUAUCCGACAGCACAAAAAAAAGGAAACAUAUAAACCAAGAUGAACCAGAAAGAAAUAAAAAGAAAGCUCACACUAUGGACAUGGUACAAGAAAUCGUGAUAGAUGAUGACGAAGAAAAAGUGAAUGAAAACAUGGUACUAAUUGAUUGA